GGUAUGCUUAAGGUUGGCAUCCUUGAGCGGUCGGAGGGUUUCCAAUUGCACAUUGCACCGCAACAAUGCCGCUGACAAAGCCGCUUAUCGGGGCAGUCGAUAAACUUCGCGCGGAGAUGGCGGCGUGAUAUUACCAAUCAGCGAUCAUAUUGUUCCUCUCACUAUACCUCUUUUUUUUUGUGUGUUCUCUGUAUAGACUCAUUUCUCUGUCUUUUUCGAGUUGUCGCAUAUUUCACGAAUCUGCUCGUUCAUUGCAUUGGCACUUGUCGUAUAUAUCACUUUGAUUUCAUCUGUUCACGACCAACCUAAUCAGCCCAUCAAAAGCAUAGCAUCACGAUGUCGGAAACCCACCCCGACGCAACAGACCCAGCGCAAACCACGUCGCCAAAGAAGCUCUUUACGCAUCAAUUCCAAUUCCCCGCAGCAGCAGCAGCAGCCGGCUCGUCCUCCUCGUCUUCCCAAACAAAAGACACCAACAAAGAUGAACACGUACCACCAGGCUACACCAAGCUCCCCAACGGCGUCAUCCUCGACAAAGAAGGCAAACCAUGUCGCCUCUGCACCUCGGCCGCCUCCUGGCGCGCCCUAACCCAAAAAGCCAAAGCCGCUCCUCCUUCUUCCACCACCACCACCACAACCAGCACUAACACAACCACCAACACGACCCAAAAGCAAUACGGCCAAUGUCCCCCCGACGUCGAAGAACUCGGCCGCUCCACCUGGACGUUCCUGCACUCGCUCACAGCGUCCUACCCGGCGCAGGCCACGGCGGAGCAACAGACGGAGAUGCGCACCUUCCUGGGGAUCUUCUCGCGGCUGUAUCCGUGCUGGGUGUGCGCGGAUGAUUUCCGGAAUUGGAUGGCGGAGCCCAGCGGGCAGAACGAGCCGCGGUUGGCGGGGCGGAAGGAGUUUGGGGAUUGGAUGUGCCGCGCGCAUAACGAGGUGAAUCGGAAGCUGGGGAAGCAGGAGUUUGAUUGUCGGUUCUGGGAGGAGAGGUGGCGGACUGGAUGGAAGGAUGGCCGAUGUGAUUAGUUCUUCGAUCUUCGCUCAUGGGGUCGAUUUCCGUCUGUGGACAAUGAGUGUGGGAGUUGGAGUUGAUUGCUGAUGUGAUGUUCUGUGUAAAUUUAUGGGUGUGAUAAG